GCUGGGAUUUUAUUGAAAUAUCUAGUGUUCCAGUACGCGGGAGUUCUAUGGAAUAAAUGAGUUGAUUUUGUCUCGCUGUAUACUUUGAUAACAGUCGGUGUGAGCAUCGUUUGCCUUUUGGAGUGUAUAUAGUUGAGGCAACAUUCCAAGUGUUGGACUAAAACAAACAGUUUUGGAUUAAGCUUUGAUUUUUUUAUAAGAUUUAUUAAAAGAUGGUAGUGGAGACAGAGAAAGUGCUGAGCGGUCCGGAGACUGGCGUCAGUGUCGCAGAUAACGUCAAGUGUACAUACUCACGACGUCAGACGGAUAAAAGGGCCACGUACCAGGAUGGAAAGGAGGUGGUACAUGAUAAUGGGAAACCGUUUGAGCAGCAAGAAAUGGUGGACAAGUUUAUUCAGGAUGUGAUCGAAAAAGCGAGAGCCGAAUAUAAACGUCAACUGAAGGGCGAUUCAAAAAAUGGUUCCAAACGGAGAAAAGAAAAAAAUAAGGACCAACCCACAAAGGAUAAAUCGUCGAAGAAUAAAUCUGCCAGCAGUAAGGGUACCAAGAAGAAACACCACUACAAAUAUUCGGACCCUGUAGAUGAGAAGGAGAUUUUAGAGUAUGAACAGGAAGAGACGCAGUUGCAAUGGAACCCGAAUUUUGGAGAGGAACGAAAAGAGAAAGAAGAGCCCAGACAGGAGAGUGUCUACAACCGCCUUGCCGACUCUCUCCGCAGCCUCUUCGUGUGUUGCCUUGGGAAAACUUGAUUGCGAAGUUUUGGGCGGGGGGUGGGGGUAUGGAGGGGAUAAAUGGCAGGGUAAGAGGUUGGUAAGAGUUUAAUUGGGCUGUGUUGAAAGUGGUGUAAAGAUAAGAAAGCGUCUAUAAUUGCCCUCCGUGCUCAGUCACUUCGUAUUCUUAUGUUAGAAAACCCUGCGCAUAAUAUACGAUUGAAUUGUUUCUGAAUGAUAAACGAGUAGAACAAGUGUUUGUGAAUUUCGUUUAGAUAUUAUAUUCGAGCAUUUGAUAGUACAAAAAACCCGAGUAAGUAAUUGAAGUGUUAUCAUAAUGAUUUUGCAAAAUAGAACGACUUAUUGUGGAGAUACCAUAAAUCAUUCGUUUUUUGUUGAAAAUAAACUACAAAUACUUUGUCUGUAGUAUUCAGCUGCCAAGUAAUCGUUCGGCCUUUCACACUUUAAUUCGUUGGAAAAACAACAACAACAACAAAAACACUAUUGGUAAUGGUGAAGAUAUGUUUUAAAUACCACAACAUAAGUUAUUUACUUAGUAUCAUGUCAAAUGUGAAGCUGUGAUAAAGGGAUCAACUGAACAAAUGUGAGACCAAAUUGGACUAUUUUGUCAGUAGAUCUAUUACAAUCACACGACAUGAUGGAUAUGAAAACAAUUUCUACUUUCUCGUCAUCCAUAGAAAUAAACAUCAUUAAGCCUCUCUGUGUGUGUGUGUGUGUGUGUGUGCGUGCGUGCGUGCGUGCGUGCGUGCGUGCGUGUGUGUGUGUGUAUCUACUACGCCUAGUAUGUUAAAUGGGGUUUUCCAACAUUACUUGAUUUGUUUACAUUUGAUAAAUGUGUUUGCAAAAUA